CGAAACCCCACCCUUUCGACUGCAAGCGGAUACGUGGAGCGGCUGGACGCGCCGAAGGGGGGAUGCAGUCGCGGCGGCAGAAGAUACGGCUGUUAGCGCGCUGUCUCUCCAUCUGCAGGGACCGGCAAAACGUGUAACUAUCCCCGUGGAGGAGAAGCCGAUGACGCGCGAUGCAUCAAAGGAGCUAUUAUUGCGGUUGCUUCAGAAAAAAAAACAUGACCGAGAAACUUUGUAUAGUUCUUCCUGUUUAAAAUUUAAUUGAAAUAAAUAAAAAAAAAACUGCUCAGCAACGACUGUGCCGCUCGUGGGAACGAAGUCAACAUGACAUAGAAAUGCAGAAUUGUGGAUUUGGAUGUGCCAGAGGAUAUUGGGAAAGCCUGCAGCAAGUCUGCGCAGGUACCGUUAACUCAUCUGUGGCGUUAAAGUGCGCAUUUGGCAGCUCGAACUUUUUGCAAGCUUGCUCCGAGCUGAAUGCCUCUUUCCUGCUAUUCUUCUCCACCUCUCUGAGUUUCCUGCUAAGCUGUAUAACUAGUAACAAAACUGGCAAUAAACAGGCGAAUCAAAGCCCAAGGUGGAAAAACUAAAAUCUUCUUGUUUUUACAAUUUAUAUCACUGGGUUUCGUUUAUGAUCCUUUACAGCGGACUGAAACACUGACUGUUGUAACAUCGAUUAUGUGGCAGAUUAUUUGAUUGUGAACGUUAAUUUUCUGCAGUGCAAUCGCAAUUGGACUUUUCAUUUCGAAUUAUGGCUCGGAAAGUUGGAUUAAAACGCGUGUAAAUACGCGUUUCUGUGAGACAGACACUCGUAUGGGAGCAAAAUGAAAGCAACCGAGCAACUAAACUUACGCAGAUUUAUUUAAGCGGACUGGGUGCGCGUUUGACUGACGUCUGUCACCUAAACCGAGGGUUGGCAUGUGAGGUCCAGAGUCCUAAUGCAUUUUAACUCAAAUCUCUGUGUUAUACCUUAAUGUGCGAUUUAAUGUCCGAACAGGUCCCCGAUGAGAUCAAUAGGCAGACGCGAAAGGGAAAUAGGUGUUUGGAAGUUCUGUAUUUUCCGCGUAAUAUCCAACAGAGAGCAAAUCCGGAGCGAGCAGUUUAAUGGAGCCCCUGAAAAGCAUCUUUUCUAGCUGGAAAAGUGUAGAACAGCCCGCGAUGGGUAAUUUCACCAACCCUUUAUGGACCGCUUUAUUCGACUACGAAGCGAGCGGAAAGGAUGAGCUGACGCUCCGCAAGGGCGACCUGGUGGAGGUCCUGUCACUGGACUCGGAGAUAUCCGGGGAUGAGGGCUGGUGGGCAGGCAAGGUCAACAACAAAGUGGGCAUCUUCCCAUCUAAUUAUGUUUCCUACAAGCCGAGCUGUAACGGGACACUUCAGGGACCGGCGGCCGCGAAGGACUUGGAGCCCGAGGAAGUGGACUUCGCUGAGCUGAGCUUGGAAGAGGUGAUCGGAGUGGGCGGGUUCGGCAAGGUCUACCGCGGCACUUGGCGAGGGGAGCUGGUGGCGGUGAAGGCGGCGCGCCAGGAUCCCGACGAGGACAUCAGCGUGACAUCCCACAAUGUGCGGCGGGAGGCCCGGCUCUUUGCCAUGCUCACGCACCCGAACAUCAUCACCCUCAAGGGUGUUUGUUUGCAGGAGCCGAACAUGUGCUUGAUCAUGGAGUACGCGGCCGGCGGUCCCCUAAGCCGGGCGCUGGCCGGCCGCCGCAUUCCUCCGCACAUCCUCGUCAACUGGGCUGUGCAGAUCGCCAGGGGGAUGCUGUACCUCCAUAGCGGGGCGAUCGUCCCCCUCAUCCACCGGGACCUGAAGUCCAACAACGUUCUGCUUGCUCAGCCCGUUGGGAAUGAGAACAUGGAGGGUAAGACCCUGAAGAUCACCGACUUUGGGCUGGCGCGGGAGUGGCACAAGACCACCAAGAUGAGCGCGGCGGGCACGUACGCCUGGAUGGCGCCGGAGGUGAUCAAGACGUCCACCUUCUCCAGGGGCAGCGACGUGUGGAGCUACGGCGUGUUACUGUGGGAGCUGCUGACGGGGGAGGUGCCCUACAGAGGCAUCGACUGCUUGGCGGUGGCCUACGGAGUGGCCGUCAACAAGCUGACGCUCCCAGUGCCGUCCACCUGCCCGGACCCCUUCGCGCAGCUCAUGACAGAGUGUUGGGACCAGGACCCCCACCGGCGGCCGAGCUUCGCUGCUGUCCUGGCCCAGCUGGGCGCCCUGGAACAGCGCGCGCUGGACGAGAUGCAUCAGGACUCUUUCCACUCGCUGCAGGACGGCUGGAAGCUGGAGAUUCAGGGCAUGUUCGAUGAGCUGCGGGCCAAGGAGAAGGAGCUGCACUGCCGAGAGGAGGAGCUGCAGCGCGCCGCCCUGGAGCAGAAGUCGCAUGAGGAGUUCCUGCGUCAGCGGGAGCAGCAGCUGGCGCGCUGGGAGCAGGACGUGUUCGAGCGCGAGCUCAGCCUGCUGAUCCUGCACAUGAACCAGGAGAAGCCCAAAGUGAAGAAGCGCAAGGGCACCUUCAAGAAGCACAAGCUGAAGUUCAGGGGCAGCGAGAAGAUCAGCAUGCCACAGGAUUUCAUUCAUAAGAUCACAGUGCAGGCGUCUCCAGGCCCGGAAAAACGAAUAAACUUUCUGGACCUGGGGUCUCCCCCCUGCUUCGGCCCCCGCUUUCGGGCUAUCCAGCUGAGCCCCAGCGACGGCAGCCGGGCGUGGGGUCCCCCUUCAGUGUGGCCCCUGGAGCCCCCGGCCAACAGGCAGCCAAACGAGGAGCCCCGGCCGGCUCCCCUCCGGAGCCCCCAGAGCCCCAAGAGCCCCUGCCGACCCAAAGUCCUGCGGCUCAGUUCCCAGGAGAGCAGCCUGUCCAUGAGGGCCAAGCUCCUGCAGGUGGACAGCAGGCAGAGCGGGCACUCGGACGCCGAGUGGGAGCAGUACCAACCCCCAACUCCGAAGGCCCAGCUAAACGGAUUCUCUCUGAAUGAGCCCCCAAAGGCUAACCCCCCCCAGGGGGACUCGGGGGGUGAGGAGGGACCGACCCCUUGGACGUCACCCUCCCCUGCAGGAUCCCCCAGGCCAGAGCGAGGACCGUGCGCACGACCCCCGAAGAUCACCCACAAAGCUCUGCUGGGUGGGGGGCUGCUGCUUGCCGCAGUCGCUCUGGGCUGUCCUUUGGAGACCCUCCCCAAAGUGCCCCCCCGGACGAGUCUGCUGGCACUGGAGGCCGAGCCGCAGGCGGGAACAACCUCACCCCCUCGGAACCCCCCCACCGUGGGCGACCUGAUCACCUUCUCCUACUCGGACUCCGCCCCCAUGCCGGACUUCGACCCCGCCUCGGAGCGCACCCCCCUGCCUCUUCACCUUUGCAAUGCCCCCGCCCACGGACAGCUCCGGGUGUGCCAGGACAGUUCCGGAAACUUCCAGGAGGAGCGGGCUGUCGAUGAGCCCCGAGUCAGCAGGGAGCUGGGGAGCAGAGCAUGGGCCCCCGGCACCGACAGGAGGAGAAAGCCCAGCCAGGAACUCCUCCCCCCUCACUCAGGUUGCACUGAGAUCAUAGAAGGCCUGGACCUCCCCAUGUGCUCGCAGGAUGAUUCGGACCAGCAGGCGGCACCUCCUCAUUCGCUGCUCCUCGACUCCCGACUCUGGGGCCCCAAGACGCGUAGGGUGGAGGUCAGCGUCAUCCCCCGCCCGCGCCCCUCCCCCGUCAGGCCCCGCAUCGACCCGUGGAGUUUCGUCUCGGCCGGAGGGGCGGGCCCUGGGUCGGGUCGCAGCGGCAGCAAAGCAGAUGAACCUCUCUGCCACCCGCCGCAUCGUCGCUCUUCUGCGAAUCCCUUCACGGACUGUGAUCCCUUUCCUCCCCUGAACCAUGACUCCUCCGGGACUCUGGCACACGACCCCGACCCCUUCUGCAUCCCCUUUGGCACCUCCCGCUCGGCGCCAAGCUCCACCAGUGCCAGUCCCUCCCUGUCCGCCCUGAGAGCGGGUCCUUUCUCUCCGACACUAGACUCUCCCUACAUCGAUCUCGGCUGGAGCCCCCUGCUGGGCCCCAGCGAAGGAAAGAAGAAGCGGAGGAGAGCGCUGGUCACGGGCCUGGAGCCGUGGAUGUCCCCCCCGCACCACGGAACCGACCGCUUCUGACAAGGCCUGCGUGGUUCGGGCUGGCUUUCUGUGCUGGAGGAGCUGUGGUCAGAACCGGCUGAAAUUGGGAACGGUGGGACCGCAGAUAAUUGCAUAAAUUAGAGAUCUGGAAAUGAUUAAGCUGGUUGAUUCCAAUGAUUUGGUCAUUUGGUCAUUUAAACCAGCAGCCCUCCCCCAAAAGAGGUGGCCCAGCCCGCUCGUGAGCUGGUGCGCAGUGCCGUCCUGGCUCCGAGUGUGGCUGUCGUUACACUGGACACGUCUUGCUGACCUGCCCUAGAAUCCCACUGAAGUUAUAUCUUAGAAAUAGCUGAACAUGUGCAAGAACCUACAGGUAGAUUUUUAUUGUGGACACUGGGAAAACAAACAUAAAACGCAGGAAUGAUAUUUACAGGUGCGCCCGACAAACGAUGUGUAGGUGCCAAAUGUUUGCUGUUGCCUUGGAGAGAUUUGCAUUCUGAAAAUUUGCAUUCCAGGCGGGAGAAUUAAGACAGUCUGAUGACAGUCUGCAUUCAAGGUCUAGGGCAGAAAAUCGCGAAACGUCGCCGCAGACAGUCGUCCUUGAGUAUUACCGGCAUUCUCUCCGAUAACUUCGGCUCAGGAAUGGGAAGUUCCGGUCCCUGGUUUUCCGUAGCUGUGCUUUCCGUGGCUCAGCUGUCAUUUCUUGGCCGGGAAGUAAAGCCACGUUACCAGUCUGAGCUUCUAAAAUUAGCUGCUUAUUGGUAGAAAGCUGGGUGGGUCAGCUCUGGCCGGCCUCCUCAGACUCAGGCGCUGUUCGCUGGGUGCUGGGGAAGUUUAUGGGGGAGCUGUGCGGUUCGCAGACCUUCUGUUCCCAGUCCCAAGAAGCACCAGCCCUCCCCAGCAGAGUGGGACCCCCAACUCCAACAAUGUGGCCUUUUCACAAUACAUCUCAUGCUUAAUUGUUACACUCUUGCUCUCAGGGGGGGUGAUCCUCUGUUUACAAAGGAGUUAUCUACAUAUAAUCACCCAUUUUUUGCCUCUCCCCCCUAGUAUGCUUUGUUUAUGUAAAAUAACCUUCGGUCUCUUUGUCUGGCCCCUCGCUUUGUGCCAAAGACGCCGCCCCUCCUGCUCGUCGCAGCCGGGCUCUGCCACGCCCAGAAGGGCGCCACCUAUCUGCAGGAGGGUGCAGCGCUUCCCAUAUUUAUUUAUUUAUCUGAGAUAUUUUCCAGUGACCGUUAAUGUUCAGAGAAGCUUUAACCAUGCCCCCCCGUAGGUCACUACAAUGAAGUCCACGCCACGGGGGCAAAGCGAAAUGGUUGCGCAGAACUGAUGCGGGUGCCACAUAUUGAGGAUCUCGGAUUUGCAUUCCUAUAUAUAUAUAUAUAUAUAUAUAUAUAUAUAUAUAUAUAUAUAUAUAUAUAUAUAUAUAUAUAUAUAUAUAUAUAUAUAUAUAAACUAUUUAUACUGUCAGUGCUUACAUGCAUUUUUAUUUACAUGACUGACUUGUAUAACGACAUUUGUUUUUUUCCCCUUAGGGGGCCUGGAAUUGGGAUCAUUUAAAUUCUGAAUGUUUGCCAGUGGCUCCAAAUCUUAAGAAAGCUCUUUAAAAAAGUUUUAUUUACUCGCGUCUACAUAAAAGCGAUGUCAGCCACCAACGACAUCACUGCAUCCACCACCAGGCAGUUGACCUCGCUAUGAUUCUAAAAAUUCCACUCCGGGCUUGUUGGUUUUUUUUGAUCCCGCCUGUUUUCCGUCCAAAUCCGCUCUGUUCCUUUUAAAUUUAGCAGCAGAAAGAGAUUUUCACGAAGUCCGGCCUGGUUCGCGUUCAAGAAAUACUUAGCUAGGGGUUGACACAAGUCAGUGUUCUUAGUGAAUGGAACCGCGGACCUGCGGUUUUCACCAGCUGCUUCCACAGCUAAUCUCGCAUUUGUGCAGUGAUGUAGGCCGGCCGGUCGUGGUGGGUGGCUUUUAAAUCCGCCUUUGGUGCAGUUUGCUUGACUCCAGUUCAUACAGUUGUGCAAUUACCCUGUCAGCAAAAGAGUGAAGUGAUACCAACUCAGAAUAACACAGAGGAACACAGUCACAUUUAUACAGCUCUUUACGCCAUGCACCAUGCAAUGUUAUCGAGAUAUUUCCUCAGCCGCGCAAGACAUGCAGCAGAUUUAGCAAAUGCAGUGAUUUACUUUGAAAUCCACUUCUGCUGCGCCCCCUAGAGGUGUUCCAGUAGUAAAGAACAAUGUCUAGACCCACUUGUGCACAGUUAAAAACAUUCUCUACUUCUGAAAUGCUUAUAUGUAGAUUGUGGAGCCACUGUUUAACGGUUUUUGUACAAAAGUACAUGGGUGGCAGUGUUACGUGAUUAAUGUGACGACGAGGGGAAGAUUCUGACAUUUUAUUCUCUUAGAUGCGAAUCAGUAUAAAUUAUUUUGAACCACUCUCCAGUACUGUGCUGACAGUAAGUGGAAAUAAAAAUUCAAGGUAACUGGGGUAAAUGAAUAAUUGAAAGUCUGUGCAAUGCGAAGAUGGAUUGUAAGCCUAGUAAUACAGUUAAAGCAUUAACUAUUCAAGAGAUUCGUUUUUCUAAUGGCACAGAUUUUCUUUGACUAUCAGGCAAGAAAAAAAUUCCUCAUAAACCAUUAAUCAAAUCUCAUUUCAUUACUCUAGAUUUCACUGUGUUGUAUUAAUGUUGACUGAUUGCUAUUAACUGACUGGUUGGUGGCUCUUAUGUUUCAUUAACCUGGUAUAUGUGUGAUACAACUACCAGGGCAGUUUGUGUGUUAUAGGUGCCUGCGUGUGAUACCCCAAAUUACUGAUAAUUAUCAUAAUUCAUCAUUACCAGCACCCACCAGCAGGUGGCGCUGUAGAGCCACUGGUGUUUCUUUAAAUUACUAAACAAAAGUCUUUCACAAAACAUGUUAGAUGAUAUAGGGUACAGUGUAAAAUGCUAAGGCUUUUUUCUCCUUUUUAAGUAGCCCAAAUUUAAGUCUGAUUAGAAUUAAAAUUUGACUCACAUACUGUUAGCGCUGGAUUUACUACAGGAUGUACCAGGAUAACAGGUAGUGGCAGGAUGUACAUCAUCCAUCCAUCCAUCCAUCCAUCCAUCCAUGAUCAAUGCGCACCUGAAGUCUAUCUUAGGAAACAUGUGACAGAAGGAGAAGGACCUCUCAGAUGGGAUUUAAUGUAAUAUCCAUCCAUCCAUCCAUCCAUCCAUCCAUCCAUCCAUCUAUCUGUUUUGCCUGGAUGGGAUACCAAACAGACUGUGAUAGUUCUGUAUAUAAAAUAUGCAUCUGUCAUACGUACACCAAAAAACAUCCGGAGUGUUUAGUCAACAUGGGUAGAGGCGAACGAUGUCAGGUGUGAACAUUAAUCAAUCAAAAUUCAAUCAAAAUUAUUGACACUCUAACCCAUAGCAAGAUGGCUGAAUCUCAGAGGAGAGGAACAGCUGCUGGUCUGGAUUAGUAGGCAGUUUAUAAUCUGGAGAGUCGUUUUCAUCCAUUUGCAUUUCAUUCAUAUUGACUUGUGUCCCCAAACUAAUGGGAAGAGGGCUGACAGCAGGGGACCGUGUGCCGGGUCGGUGAUGUUCACUUUGGCGCGGCGAGAAUCGGAAAACAAAAGGCAGGCCUCCGCCUGUUAGCAUGAGUGCUGUUAGCACGUUAGCAUGAGCGCUGUUAGCACGUUAGCAUGAGCGCUGUUAGCACGGGUAGCAUGGUAGCAUGCUCAGGUGGGCAGUAAUGUGGGACCGGGAUUUUAUUAACAUUUUUGGAACCUGAUGUGGGGGGGGGGGCAGCAUGUGGCUCGAUGGCUUUGUGUCCUUUGUGUGGUGCCAUUAAUUAAAUGAUUAAAAUGUGUAUUAAUGAGCUUUUAAAAUAACAUGUUUAUCCCUACAUAAUUGUAUGUAUUUGUAUGUUUUCAAAGUGUUGCACUGGGCUGGACCUGAACGUUUCUCUGUAAAGGACCUUUCAGGAGGUUUAACCUGUGGAUUAUUGAAACAAAAAAAAAUAUGUAAAUUCAAACUGAGAAAAUAUCCAAUAAAAUGAACGGCUGA